AGGGACAUGCUGAUACAGUGAACUAAUAGAGAGGCCAGGGACAUCUGAAACCAAAAAUGAGCCCAAAAUUGGAUUAUUGCUUACAUUUUUACCAUAAUUUUUCUAAAAUUUAAGUCUCAGUUUAUUAUUAUUAUUUAAAUGGUUUUUGGACACUUGAUUGAGCAUUGUAUCAUCCAGGCUGUAAAUUGGUUUGAGCUAAAAGUUUUCAGGGUUGCGUGUAUGUGUGUGUGUGCACGCAUUUCUUUCUCUUUUGUUUAUUAAAACUUAUAUAGGUUGUCUGCACAUUUGUCAGCUUUUUCUCACAUUUUCACAGAUAGACAAAAAGGAUCAAUUUGGUAUGAUCAGAAUUAUAUAAUGCUUUAUGAGUGGUUAGUUGUAUGUUACAUAUUUAUUAUAAGGCAAUCAUUAACUUUGGAUAUUUUCAUGGGCAGGUCACCAGAUUGACGUUGAAGUUUUCAGUUUCCUUCUGAUGGCUGCUAUUUCAGACAAAACUGCAGGGUUCCAGCAUGCAAUCAAGGUGUACCACACCAUGCUACAGAUGAGGAUUCCUCCAGAUAUCUAUAUCUUCAACCUUCUAAUGGAAGCUGUCAGACUCUGUGGAGUUCAGGAUGCUAAUGCUGUGGUGGAAUCAGGAAGGAAAGCUCAGAUCAUGAUUCAAAAGCAGGGUGAGAUGGAGACACUCCAAACCAUGAAGAGGAUGGAAAUGAGAAAAAUGAGGGAAAUGAAAAAGAAAAAGAAGAAAGAGGCAAAGAAACAAGAAUCCAGUGAAACGGAGAAUGGAGAUAGCAUGAAGGCGGAGACUGUCAAUUCAUCAGUGAAUCUUCCUGUAAAAUUAACCACCACAGAAAGUGGACUAGACAUCCUACCAGAAAAUAAACCAGAACAAAUUGAAGGUAUAACCAAGAAUAGACUGUCCCUGGUGGAAAAAGGGCCCUCUCAGGUUCAAGAGACACAUGUACCAAAUUUGCUCAAGGUGAACACCCUUGAUCAGGUGGUUUCCAUAGGCCCCAUAGCAACUGCCAGUGACAGGCUGGCUCUGAUUGGUGGAACAGCAGGCAUCCUGGAAAUCCUGGCGAUGCAUCAAAUACAACCAGACGUGAGGUUUUUCACCCAGUUGCUGGACUCCGUGGAACAGAACAAAGACGCGGAGGUGGAGGUGCUGGCGCAAAUGGACAAGACCGGGGUGGUUGGUGAUGUAGGUUUUUAUAGUAGACUGAUCAGAAGGCGGAACAUGAGGCAAGAUUAUGAGGAUGCCAAGGAAGUUUUAGUGCUGAUGUCUGAGAAAGGUAUAUUUCCCAAUAUGAACACAUUUGGUUGCCUGGCAAUGGGAUGUACAAACAGACACUUGGCCAACCAGCUCUUAGAGACAAUGGAUAGUGCAGCCUUUUAUCCCAAUAGUGUGAUUUUUGCCAUAUUUGCAAAGCAAUCUGGAGACAACUUCUUGUACAAACUAGAUCUCCUCAAAAAGAUGGAGUCCCUGGACAUACAACCAAAUGAUAAGUUUAUCAUGUACAUAGAGGACUCUAUUGCAAAAGCGAAGAGAAUCAUAAAAAUAAAAGAGUUACCCCCAGGAAAGCAGGCCAAGUUCAAGCCAGUGCCUAAAUUUUGUGAUGACCAGUGGUACGAGUAUUAUAAAACCUUCAUACAGGAGUGGACUCCAUGGCUUAAACGGACCAUGUAUCAGAAGCCUGAGCACCCCUGGUCAAGAUUUGGACACGAGAAACAAGUUCAGAUUCUGGCUGAGAAGCAUGAAAAGAGGAAAAAGAAAAGAGAAGAAUAUCUUAGUGAGCUGGAAAGAAUGAAGGAAGAGGUGUAAGAUUGAAAGUCUAAAUUUGACAAGUCAGCCAAGUGCAUUUCCCCCUCUCUCUCAUUUCACGUUUUACUGACCAUGAACAGUGUAGAGAGAUGUAGUAUCUUCUAUCUUGUCCCAUUGUUUCAUGAUUUAUAAAAGUAAAGAGUAAAAUGAUUUACUCCAAAAACUGCAAUAUUCAAACUUUGUACAAAAAUUGUUAAUAGCAGCAAAUGUCUGCAGGAACCAAAUAUACUUGGACUCAGUCUGUUUCAUAAAGUAUACGUGUGAAGAUUGCAACCAGAUACUAGUGAAAAUCGGAAUUGCCAUAACAUUUAUGGUGCUAUAAUUCAGUUAGAUUUCAAUAUUUGUCAUUGUUAUUGA